GUGUGCCCUGGUGCCCACAGGGGCAGAGGUGCGCUUUGGGGUCACCUGAGUCAAAAGUGGUGGUACAUUGCAAAGGAUCCCCUCCACGGCUGGAUGAGGAACUUGGCCCCGAGUUGGCCUCCCUAGGUCGGAGGUGGGCUGUGGAGCUUGGUGUGAAUGGACGGCCCUUCCUGGGCGUGACCCCAAAUCCUCCUCUUCUCGCAGGUUUCUCGGGAGGGAUGAGUACGCAGAGCCCACCGACUCUUUAUGAGCUGGCCAAGCAGAGCCUGCUGAGCGGUGAGACCGCAGCCAGCGCCGCUCUGUACGACCUGCCCACCCAGCUCUUCCAUGAGCUCUUCGUGGAGGCCUUCCUGGAAGACCGCAACGAGGCCCUGAAGGCGAUGGUGCAGGCCUGGCCUUUCCCCUGCCUCCCUUUGAGGACCCUGAUGGAUCUGAGGAUACCAAAGACCCCUCUGUGGGUGUUCGAGCAAAGAAGACUAGAAGAGAGAAACCUAGAGACCUUUGAAGCCCUGCUGGAUGGCCUGGACAGGCAGCUGUCCCAGAAGGUUCACCCCAGCAGGCGGAGACUGCGGGUGCUGGAUUGGAGGGACGUACACCGGGACUUCUGGACCUCACGGCCCGGGACCGUGAGAGUUGCCCACUCGGGGGAUGCCAGCAGCGAGGAAACGGGCGAGCGGGGGCCGAGGAAGAAGAAGCCGAGCCUGACGGUACUCGCGCAGCUCCAUUUUGAAUCCUGUAGUACCUAUGCCAACCACGAUGCGUUGCAGGUGUGUCUCUUGAAGUGGGUCCGGAAGAGAAGAGCCGCGGUACACCUGCUCUCUGAGAAGGUGACGAUCACUUCCUGUGCUGUCUUUCACGUGGUGAAGCUGCUGCGUGCUGUGCAGCUGGACUCUAUCCGGGAGGUGCAUGUGCUCAGCGACUGGACUCGCGAAAGCAUGCGAGCCUUCGUUCCUCAGCUCAAGAAGAUGAAGAACCUUCACACAUUUCGCUUCGGCAGCAUGGACCCAGACAAAUAUUAUUCACCCUCGAAAAACAAAUGGCAUUCCCGCAUCUAUGCUUAUCACUUAGGCCAGAUGCAAAGUCUCCGGGAGCUUCACAUAGAUAAGGUCUUCUUCUUGGAAGGAAAACUGCACAAGAUCUUCAGGAACCAGAAACCCUUGGAGGCCCUCUCCUUGAGUGCGAGUCCACUGAAGGAAUCUGACCUGAAGCACCUGAUCCAAUGUCCCACCACAAACCAGCUGAAGUCCCUGACUCUGAGGAUGUUCUCAAUGGAAUCAUUCAACUUGGACACCCUCCUGGCUCUGCUCGACAAAUUGUCCGGCACCCUGGAGACCCUGGUCCUAGAGCGCUGUGGCUUCACAGACUCCCACAUCCUUGCCAUCUUGCCCGUCCUGCAUCGCUGCUCACAGCUCAAGACCUUCAGUUGCUUUGGGAACCGCAUUUCCCUGUGCACCCUUCGGGUCCUGCUGUGGGAGUCUGCCGGUCUCAGUCAGUUAACCCACGGGCUGUAUCCUGCCCCGCUAGAGAGCUAUAAUUCCAAGAUUUCGCACACAGUUGUGGACACUGAUUCCUUUGUCAUGGUCUGUGCUCGAUUGGCACGGGUUCUGAAGAAACUAAGGCCAUCUCUUAGGGUCCAGAUCUGUACCUACUUCUGUAUUUGGUGCAUGAACUGCCGACUGUAUGGACUGGAUCCCAGCGGGAAGUGGGAAGUCACAGAGGAGUAUCGCUACCCAGGAGGUCAGCCUGUAUGUUACUGUUGUGAGGUGUCCCGGCGUAUUCAUGAUAUGUUUUCCUGGUAGGCGUCCCCUCGGACGCUCACCGGUGGAUCAGUCCGCUGAGCCUAGAGCUCAGUGUGGUGCUGGGAGGUGAAGCCAGGUCAGAGGAGGUGGGCCACUGGGAGCGUGGCCUAGAAGGCUCUGUCUGUCACCGUUCUCUGUUAGUCCGUCUCUGCCGUGCUCCUUUCCGAGCCAACCCGUGACGUGAACUGUAAGACAGAGCAAAACUUUCUCUCUGAAACUGUGGAUGUCGCCUGCAGCGAGUCAGUGUACCACGGGAGCAAUGUGUUCAUGGGCCUAUGCGGGAAGUUCGUCCCGUACUGCCGGUCCGGGGAUGAGCCCGAGGGGACCCUUGGCGGCGAGUGCGGUCGAACAGGUCCCACAGUCUGAGCACUGUGGAAGCUGAGGCUGAGGGUGUCUCCUCACGUUCCCGGGCCAGCCUGGGCUCCGUAGUGAGCC